CUGGCGGGCUUUCGGCUGAGGUAUUUUGGCGCCCCUGGACUGACUCCUUUUUCCUCUCGCCCUGCGAGCCGCUGGCGAGAGGCAAGCAGGACGGCUUGGGAACCCGGAGGGGAUGCCUUGCCCCCCCUAAGGAGGGAAGUGAGGCGGCUGCGGUUAGUUGCCACUCUCGCUGCUCCUUCCGCCGCUCCCGCCACCUUUUUUCUCCAUCCAGGAGCGACAUUUGUGCCCCGCCGUGAAACUGAUGGUCGUCCGCGAUUGAAAGCAGGUGGGGAAAUACGAAGGCGGACGUAAGGACAAAGGGAGAAGCUCCGUGGCACAACGAAUCUCAAUGGACGGGAUAACUCGAAGUAGAUGGGGGCAGCCUUAAGAGGAAGACCGGGCAGGAGAGCCUUGUGAACGGGAAAGAAUCUGCUGGAAACUGGACUCACGGUGAAUUUGAGGAAAAACAGGUGGGAUAGCCGUAAAAAGAAAGGAGGGAGGGAUCCCAGGACGUAAAUUGGUCAGAACAGGUAAAAUAGCAAUGCCCGCCCCACCACAGCAAUCACAUGAUCCUCUACAACUCAAGAAUGACCUAAGAAAAAACUGCAUCAGAAGCCAGGGCUAUACAGGUAGUCCUCAAAUUACAACAGUUUGUUUAGUGACCAUUCAAUGCACUGAAAAAAGUGACUUAUGACCAUUGUCCACAGUUACCACCUCUGCAGCAUCCCCACAAUCAUGUGAUCAAAAUUCAGAUGCUUGGCAAAACUGGUUUAUAUUUAUGACCAUUGCUGUGUUCCGGGGUCAUGUGAUCAGCUUUUGCAACCUUCUGACAAUUGGGGAAAGCCAGAUUCACUUAACAACCGGGUUACUUAUUUAUCCACUGCAGUGAUUCACUUAACAACUGUGGCAAGAAAAGUCGUAAAGUGGGGCAGAACUCACUUUACAGAUGUCUCACUUAACAGAAGUGUUGGGCUCAAUUGUGAUUGUAAAUCGAGGACUGCCUGUAUUGAAUUGGAGCAUGGGUUCUUUUGAAGGUGGUAGCAGGUGGAGUGUCCCAAAAGGAGCAUCAGUCCGGCCUGAGGAGAAACGGGUGGACAAGAUAAUUUCACCAGAAAUGAGUGAAUGAUUGGAGCAACUCAAGGCAGAAAGACGAGUGGGAACCCUUUAGAGACUUCAGUACUCCAAGCCAAUUAGAUUUAGAACAGAUCCAUGACGGAGAUAUGAAUGAGUAUAGAGCAGAAACAAAAUGACCAUCGGCCUGAUCAGACAUGAAAGCUGAAAGAGAGCAAUUCAGUAGCAGAAUUCUGAAGAAUACCCACAAAACUGAAAUAAUUCAGCAUUUCUUGAGACAACAUUUGGACACUAUUGGUUCCAUUACAGAAGUGAGUUCAAAUAGCACUGGAGCUAUGCGGAUAUCCCAUGAACAGGUGACAUUAUCAAUGAAUGCAACAAUGUAACAUCUUGAAGAACAAAAAGAGAUACCAGCAUCUACUGCUAAAUUUGCUCCCACUACUCUGAAUGAUUAAAAAAAGGCCAAGACUGUUGAGAUAAAUACUGGCAUCAUUAGCCAAACUCAAAAUAACUGAAAGACUUCAUGAUAGUGGCUUCAAGAUGAAGCUGGUAGAAGCAGCCAUGGAAAAGAAAGAAAUACUGAGCUCAUGAAGCUGCCAGAAUGGGCCACCUACUACAUUGGCAGCAUGAAUUGGAAGAUAAUCUUGCUGCAUCAUUUGCAGAUCUUAGGUUCCAGAAGUUUGUUGCUUAAAUCUAUAGUAUUCAGCCUGAUUGGUCAAAGUACCAAUGAAAUGGUACUUUACAGAAAACAGUGUAAGAUACUUUAAAGAGAUCAUGGAGAAAUUCUUGAGGUUGAUCAAAACCAAAAUGAAACUGUUUCCCUGAAAGUCCCACUUAGGCACAUUCACUACUGCUACCUACAAGCUGAUAUGGAGAAAAGUCUCUUGGAGUCUGGUAUUGGUGCCCUGUCCCAAGGGCAAAAUACAGGAGAAGCCACCUUCAAUGCUGCCUGCCCUAACCGCUGUUCCCCUGCCCCACCACGAGCUCAGAGCUUCACCCCCUCACAUCCAAAGCUCGGCUGAGAAGGAGGAAGUGCCAUCGGUGACAUCUCUCACAUCUUCAUCGGAGGGUUCUAACAAUCCAGGGCUUUUGGGCAGCCAGACACAGCCAGCAUGGAGUGGGGGUAGCAGUACUCGAAACCAGGAUCUGCAGCUCCCAAAGCGCAGACCUACCGCAGGGAAACGUUACCAGUGUUCAGGGGACGGCUGCCGGCUGGCCUGCCGCAGCAUGAAGGAGCUUCUUGACCACAUGCAGGUCCACUAUCGGCCCACGGAGUCCCUUGAGGGAAAGACAUUCCGCUGUUCCACUCAGGCUUGCUUGGAAUCGUUCCCCAACAUGCAAGCCCUGAUGGGUCACAUGAAGGUGCAUUACAAGCCCAACCGCUACUUCAAAUGUGAGAACUGCAUGUCACGUUUCCGAACACAUCGCUCCCUCUUCAAGCACUUGCACAGCUGUUCCGAUGCCAACACCAACACCGCCACUUCCCCAGCCCUAACUUCAGAGAAACCCAUCUUUCCACCUAGCUCUGGCCUGGAAAAAGAGCCACCAGGGAAAUUGCUGGAGGAGCUUCCAAAACUCCAGAGCGUCAUACAGCACUUCAAGAAAGAAGCUCUUCUCCCUGGCACAAUGGACACUCCUCUGGCCACUCACUCGCUUCCGGCGGGACUUCCUGGCCCCUUAGAAUCUGGGCCAUUGCCAACGUCUCCUACGUAUCCUCUGCUGGAGCAAUCCCUGUUUGGGCCACCCUCCCUGGCAAAAUUCUCUGGGCCACCGCACCCUUCAGUUUCAGGGCCCUUCUUGCCCUAUAUGCACUCCACGUCCUAUGCUUUACCUCAAGCUGCAGUGCAGAACCGCCUCAGGCCUUUCUUGCCAGCAGGCCAAGGCCUCCCUGUUUCCAAUGCUGUGUGGAAGAAAAGCCAAGGACACUCCUCCAACAGCCGCAUUGUAUGGGAACACACCCGAGGUCGCUAUAAUUGCUUACAGUGCCCCUAUUCCACAGCCUCUCGGGAGGAGAUGACCCAGCAUAUUGAAGACCACCGCAAAAAUCCCUCUCCAACCAGUCGCUUGGAUGGGGAAAUGGACUUUGGUGUUCCUCUUCCCGCAUUCCACCCGAAGUUGACACCAGAAGUGGAGAAUUCCUUCUUUUCCCCGCUGUGAAGUUUCCACUGGGCUGAUUAAGCUGACUUUAUUAUUUCCCCCCUGAAAAACAGCAUCUGCGUGGAGAUAUUUUAUUUUUAUUUUUUAUGUGUGCAUUCCCCCCCCCCAAAAGGAGGCAUCUGGGGACAACCAUGUGUCAAAUUUAGGCCAGAAUUCAUCUGCAUUCUAGCUUGUCCAGAAUGAGCAAGAGCACGGAUGCAUUCGGCAUACUCCUGUUUGUUUCUAGUUAGUCCCUUUGGCAGAAAAAGCCAAACGUCUUUAGCCCCCAGUCUAUGUUUUGUUGAGCAUUGCAUCUGAAUCUAGUCCUUGGUUUAUUUCUCAAAAUAACAAGCUUCUGAUAUAAGCCACUGUCCCAUUCUUGGAUUAAAUCAGGUCUGUCAGGUGAAGAAUGUCAGGGAUUCUGACUACACCAUUCACUUUUCCAUUCUUUAUAAACCGGCUUGGAAAAACUUGGUCUUAUAUGUGCUCAGUUCCCCUCCCACCUACUUCCUCCCCGUGCCUCCUUUCAAUUCAAACAAACUUGUUGACAACUGAGUACCAAUUAAAAGAAAAGGGAGUGGAAAUUGAUUACCAUUUAAAAGGGAGUCGAUUAAUUUAAUCAACUUUCCUUGCAUUUCCUUACUUUUUUUUUCCUAUUUAAAAUCUACCUUUCUCCUGCUUUUAAUGUAAAAAAAAAUCUUUCUUUACUCUGUACAGUCAUAUCUAGUUAUGCUCAGGUUUGUUAAGUGGGCUAUUGCUGCUUUUGAAAAAAAAUAAAUUGUAAUUGUACAGAAA